UAUUCAUAACAACACACUAAUGUGCAAAAAAACUCAAUAAAAUUCGAUUAGAGAAAAAAGUUUUGACGUCAAUGGAAAAAAGCUCCAAAUGAUCCGUCACAAAAACACGCUCGACGACGAGCUGCCAUCCGAAGAAAAGAUCCUGCUGGAGGAAAGUUUCUACGUGAGUGCCAACAAGAAGAAUGUCUUUCACGUGAAGCUCACGGAACGAGGUCUGACACUCACAAAGCACUACAGCAACGGGCGUCAAAAGUCCCAUUUGAUCCCGAUCGAGCAGAUAAUCGGUUGUUGUUGCCUCAAAUUCCGGCCCUCCAAAGCAAUUUGUCUCUGUGGCGGCGGAAAUGCCGCAAAACCUUCGCCAUCUGCGGGAUCUGCGGGCUCACAAAAUCGUCCUCAAACGCCUGCUGCGACGCGUUACGUUGCCAAUAACUCCUCCGUGGCAGAUGCCUACCUUUACAUAUACUCAUACAUCACAAAGCUCAAACGAAAUAAAAGCUACACGGAACGCAAUACGAUUGCCCUGCGUUUUCGGAGCUUCGAUAAAUAUGAACAAAAUGCCGAGGAAGCCAAUAAAUGGCGCGGUGCAAUACUCAUGCUGCUGAAUCAAAGUCGUGAUAUGGUUUUUAAGCGAAAUUUUAGCACAAACAAAGGUUACCUGAUCUUCCUGAAUCCCAAAAGUGGAAAGGGGAAAGCACGCGAUAUCUUCCACAAAAUUGUUGCUCCUGUUCUUGCCGAUGCUGACAUCCAAUUUGAUCUGUAUAUCACGAAAAGUGCGAAUUUUGCAAGGCAAUUUGUGAGGACGAAGAUGCUGAAUCAUUGGUCGACGGUUAUAGUUCUCGGCGGAGAUGGCUUAUUCUUCGAAAUCAUCAAUGGCAUUUUCGAACGUCACGAUUGGAAAGACGUAAUUCGUUAUCUCAACUUCGGUAUCAUUCCUGCUGGGUCCGGAAAUGGCUUGGCAAAAACUAUUAGUUACUUAUAUGGCAUUCCGCAACAAGACGAAACGCCAGUUUUGAGUUCUUCCAUUUCAUUCGUCAACGGUUCUGUAACUCCCAUGGAUUUGGUUCGCGUCGAAACAACCGAUUCUAUCAUGUAUUCAAGUUUAGCUGUUGGAUGGGGAUUUAUUGCUGAUAUUGACAUUUUAAGUGAAAAAAUCCGCGCUAUCGGAUAUCCUCGCUUCACAUUGUGGUCCUUGAAGAAUAUCGUGACACUCCCAAAGUACAAAGGAAGAGUUUCUUAUCGACCUUUCGCACAGAACGAAUCGCCUCCAUUGUUUACGGGAUUGUUCAAGUUGCCAAGUACAUCGAACAUUAAUUGUGCAUGCGAAGAAAUCGGGUUUGACAGCGAUACAGACCCCAAUGAGACACUUCUCUUGCAAAAUUAUCACGCGCAGUACCGAGAACGGCUUGAAAGUUGGUAUUCGACGAGUUCACGACGCACCGCUUACUUUUCGACAACCGAUAGUCAGUAUCAGAGUGUCGGCGAGGAUCAUGACGGAACGAAUGUUUGCAUGUUUGGACCUCCGUCGAGUCUUCCGUCGUUACUGAUGCCCGUUCCUGACGAUUGGAUUGUCGUCGACGACGAAUUUGUGAUGGUUCAUGCGACAUAUCAGACACAUUUGAGUCUCGAUUGUCACUUUAGCCCGGCGAGCAAGUUGAAUGACGGCGUAAUUUGGUUGCUUAUUAUGAAAGGAGGCGUUUCGCGUACGGAAUUGACGACUUUUCUCAUUGGCAUGAGCAACGGAACGCAUUUACCGAAGACACCCAAUCCGAAUAUUCAGAUGAUCGCAUGUCAGGCAUUCCGUUUUGAGCCAAGUGAUAACAAGGGGAUACUCACAGUCGAUGGGGAACAGAUCAAAUAUGGACCGGUGCAAGGAGAAAUUGUUCCGGGCAUCAUCAAAGUUGUCGUUCCGCAGCAACGAAACAUUCCAAAGAAAGUCUAA